AAUAAAUAUAGUCCCGCGCUCCCUUGCCUGUCUCUCAUAAACCAAGAUGGCGGAGUACGAUCUCACGUCCAAGUUGGGGCCAUUUUUGGACCGCCAUUUGGUGUUUCCUCUUAUGGAAUUCUUAUCUGUUAAGGGGAUAUAUGAUGAGACUGAUUUGCAGAGGGCAAAGUUGGAGUUGCUUUCCAAUACUAACAUGGUGGAUUUUGCAAUGGACAUCUAUGCAUCACUCUACCCUGACCAACUUGUCUCCGUAGAGCUUCCAGAACGCAGGUCUCGAGUUGUGUCUGAGUUGAAACAUCUUCAGACAGAGACUGAACCCAUUUUCAAGAUCUUCAGUGACAGUGAUGUACAGAAGCAGCUGCAGACAUCUCGUGACCAUCGUACCCUCAUGCAGUACCUUGUGGAAAAGCAUGAUUUCCGGCCAGAAAUGUUGGAUACCUUAUACUCAUUUGCCAAAUUCCAGUAUGAGUGUGGUAACUAUACUGGUGCUGCUGAUUACCUCUACCUCCAUCGUGGUUUAGUGCCUGUCAGUGACAAGGAUCUUGUGAAAGUAAUUCAGCAGGAGAGCUACACAUACAAGGAUCCCAUUACAGAAUUCCUUGCCCAUUUGUAUGUUGAUUUUGAUUUUGAUGCUGCUCAGAAAAAGCUCCAACAAUGUGCUGCAGUUUUGGAAAAUGACUUUUUCCUUGUUGCAUGUCAAAAUGAUUUCAUCGAGAAUGCCCGACUCAUGAUCUUUGAAUUGUUCUGUAGAAUUCAUCAGUGCAUUAGUAUCAACAUGUUGGCUGAGAAACUGAACAUGACCCCAAAGGAUGCUGAGAGGUGGAUUGUUAAUUUAAUUCGGCAGGCUAAAUUGGAUGCUAAGAUAGAUUCUCAGCAGGGCCAUGUGGUGAUGGGUACACAAGCUGUAUCCCCAUACCAGCAGCUCAUAGAAAAGACAAAGACAUUAAGUUUCCGCACACAGAUGCUUGCCAUAAAUGUGGAGAAAAAGCUACAGCAAGAUAUAGUGAAAGACCAAGUUGGGCUGUAACUAGCUAAGUGUCAUUGAAUGACCAGCAAGUGGAUUUUUCCUUCAUCAUGAAAGAAGACCUUAUUGAACAUCACCAGUAAAUACUCUGCAGAUGUUAUCUAAGAGAAAGUAAAAAAAAAAAAAAAUUUACAAACGAAAUGUAAUCUUUAUACUAAUAAAAGGAAAACAAG